AUGCACAGCACAUUCGCCGAUUAUCCGUACUGCUAUACUCGGUCGUGGCUUGGUCCAACGCCCCUGUCUGGGUUUGGAUGUGCGCCCAGUCCCUUCAAGCAAGAUGUCCUUUCCAGGGUCAUAGACCCAUCACAUAAUACAGCGUCGCCAGCUACGUCGUCUACUCUUCGGUCCUCCUCUUCCGUCACCAAUGCCACCAAUGCCACCAAUGUUACCAAUACAUCUACUCCCAGUACUGGUACUUCGACGACUACAUCGACCCCUACAGAUGUAUCACACCAUAAUACCCCACCUCUCAGUAAAGGAGCAAUUUCAGGCAUCGCUCUUGGUUGCUUCUUUUUCGUAUGCAUUUUAAUCACUCUCUCUGUUCCGAAGUCAAGGAAAUGGAUUUUCGGUAUUUUCCGCUUCCACAGACGUCCCACGGAUUCUACAUCCGAAGGAGCUGAGCUCCGUUCAAACCAUGGGAAUGAUCUCCCAAGUCGGAGAGUACGACCGCCGAGCAUCCUCUCAGGUCCCUCCGUCGAUCCAUGGGACACCGGUCAUUACGAGAAUUAUUGA